AUGCAACUGAUGCAUGACAAUGCACCACCUCAUGUUGCACAAGUGGUGACCCAGUACCUGCGUGACGUCGGCAUUCAAUUCAUCGCUCCAGUCAAUCUGCCAAGUUUUAUGGACAUAGACCAGGACUUUGCUGGAGUUAAUGCCAUCGCUUCUGGUUUCGGUCUUACCCAAGACGGCGGCAACGUGAGCGGCAUCCUGAAGCACGUGGAACUGAACGUCAUCACCAACGACGCAUGCUUGUCGGCAUUCCCGGGCAUCUUGCAGCCCAGCAACCUGUGCACCAGCGGCGCGGGCACGGUGGGUGCCUGCAUCGGCGACUCCGGCGGCCCUCUCGUCACCCAGGGCAACCACGGAAACAUUCUGAUCGGCGUGGUGUCCUUCGGGUCUGGGCUGGGUUGCGAAGCCAACCUUCCCUCAGUCUUUGUCAGAGUCACGUCUUUCCUCGACUUCAUCUACCUACAUUUUUUUUGGUAAACAUUAAAAACAAGAAUAUUGAGUGAAAAAUUUAGAGGAAAAAACAAUUAAUAAAUAUUUUUGUAAAAUAA